CACCCCUGCGACGGGCCGGGGGGCAUGGUGGCCCACGCCUUCUUCCCCGGGGACCCCCAGCGCGCCGGCCACGUGCACUUCGACAGCGACGAGGACUGGACCUUCCGCUCGCCAGAUGACUACGGGACGGAUCUCUUCGCCGUGGCGGUGCACGAGUUCGGGCACAGCCUGGGCCUGUCUCACUCGCCUGCCAAACGCUCCAUCAUGCGCCCGUAUUACGAGGGCCCGGUGGGGGACCCGCUGCAGCAGCAGCUGUCUGUGUCCCCUGCACCGAGUGCGUCAGUGCUCAGCAGGUCUGGGGCAGAGCUGAGCUCACAGCUCGUUCUGGGGGCGCGCUGGGACCGGGCCUGGUGCGGAGUAAGCAGUGCCGUGCGGGGUGCGAGCGGUGCGUGGCCCGUGCCUCGUGUGGGGCACUGA